CACUAGCAAGCACAAAAAAGCUGGGCUGCGUGGCUGUAUAAAGCAUAUAGAGGCACACUGUGGCUACAUCCGGCAUCGCUGGUGUCCUAAUAGUUGACACCUACGCGUGGGCACAUCUCUUCCAGCUUGCUUGCGAGCCAGAGCCAUCUUGAGCAGCAGCACUGCAGCCUUGCAGCCCAAACCGGCCGCAGCGAUGGCCCAGCACCUCGCCGCGCUGUCGCUAGAGGACGACAGCUCCGACGGCGAGGCGCCUCUGUUAAUAGAUCCGACGCCAACGACCGAAAGAGCUCCAGUGCCCGUCACGGUCUUGUGCGGCUUCCUAGGAGCAGGCAAGACGACGAUACUACGACGUAUAUUGGAGAACGAUCAAAAUUUAAAAAUAGCCGUCGUCGAGAACGAGUUCGGCGACACGCGAGGCCUAGAAACGUUACUCGCGGGCGCGUCCGCGCUCGAUGCCGAUGGACGAAUUGUCGAAUUACGGAACGGCUGCGUCUGCUGCUCCACGAAGGGCGAACUCGCGUCGGCUUUGGAGGGGCUCGUCCAGAAGGCCUCGAGGCUGGACGCUAUUGUUGUUGAAUUAUCGGGAGUUGCCGAUCCCGGUCCCGUCGCCGCUGGUCUAUGGUUGGACGACGCGCUCGAGUCUCCGGUCGUGUUGGACGGGGUCGUUUGUGUGGUCGAUGGUGUCAGCGGUCUUGGGUUGUUGGAGUCGUCCGGGCCUGGUGCGUUCGAAGCUAAGAGAGCGGUGGCCACCGCGGACCGGAUACUCCUGAGCAAGGCGGACUUGUGUGAUGUGUCCUCGUUGGAGGAGGCGGUCCGAUCACUAAACCCGGCGGCGGAUGUUAGGAGGAGCAUCAAUGGUGCAGGCGAUUUUGGGAUUGAUGGUUUUUUGAUAAGGGGCGGUACCGCGGGACCUCCCUCGGUCCCGGGCCUGGGCUGGGCGACGCCUCAUAAAACAACGAAGUGGGGCGCCUGCGCGGCCAUCCUGCCCGCGUCCGUCGUGUUGGAUCGGAGGAGGCUCGAGCGGCUCCUAGGUGAUUACCUCUGGAAGACGGAAGACGAUCGAGCAGCGUUCCGCGCGAAGGGUUUCGUGCUGUUGGAGGAGGGCUGGGCGCUCGUCCAGGGCGUGAGCGACGCCUUUGAUUUGGAGGCGACCCGCGAGGAGUUCCCGGAGUCGCGCCUCGCGCUUAUUGGUGUGGGGAUCGACGGGGACGCGCUUCAAAAAGCGUUUAGUGCGUGUAAGUUGUAG